GCGAAACAGGAAGUCUGUGCUUUGCCCCGCACGGUGAGGGCCAGGCUUCCGCGGAAAGGAAAGUGAAAGUACUUGAGCAGAUCUUGCCAAGCUGAAGGCAGGACUACAGUGCCGGCAACCUCGCUCCACCUCCGGAAACUCAGGAGAUUCCCAGACACCACACUCGAGGGAUCCAAAAAUGGGCAGACUUUCUUGUCAGAGCUCCCGGAAAGGACAGAGGCAGUGAGAAUCUAAUCAAGAGUGAUCUUAGGCUGGCUGUAUGUCCUAAGAAGAAGAUGGCAAAUGCAGGCAUCCCCUUCACCUGCAGAAUGAUCUCAGGGGACCAGAACCCAGAGGAGCAGAACCCAGAGGAGCAAUUUUUCUAUGAGUUCAUAUUCAGACUCUUCAAAGAAAAUAAGGUGGAGAUUGCAAGUGCAAUUACAAAGCCAUUUCCUUUCCUCAUGGGCCUCCGAGAUCGAAGCUUCAUCCCCGAGCAGAUGUAUGAAAAUUUUCAAGAAGCUUUUAGAAAUCUGGUCCCAGUGGAGAGAGUGGUGUACGAUGCUCUCAGUGAACUGGAGAAGAAUUUUGACAAGACAGUUCUGGAUGCCCUGUUCAGCAGAGUUAACCUGAAGGCCUAUCCUGAUUUACUUCACAUUUGCAGAAGCUUCCAAAAUGUGAUUCGUGACAACUUCCAUUACCAAAUCACUGACGAAGGAGAGACAAAGGAGACACUCAAUUUACAAUUAAACCAUGAACAAGCAUCCUUGGAACACUCACCUCUCCAAAUGUGCAAUGUAAGUAGGAUAGAAGAUAUGCCCAGAUUACUGCCGUAUGACAUACAAGGGAACAGUAAUGCCUGUUCAGAGACCUGUGACGGAGAAGAGCCCCAGGGAGCCUUGACCUUCCCAUCAAGAUGUGUUACCUAUGAGCACAAAGCUCUCCAAUGGACCAAUGAAGGCAACUCUGAAGAGAUUCCCAAACUGCCAGAAGUGACCUGUGAUCCCAAAGCUCCCCAAAUGACUCAGAAAGCAGAACCCAAGGAGGUGCUCAGCCUAAUAUCACUGGAGGAAGAAGAGGACAACAAUGCCUCUUGGCAAACCUGUGAUGAAGAAGAGCUGCAGGAAGUCCUGAGCUCCCCAUCAAGAUGCGAGCCAGUGUCCUGUGAUCCUGAAGCUCCCCAAAUGACCAAUAAAGAAAUACCAGAGGAGCUGCCCAGUCAACCACUAUGUGAUGGGAAAGAAGACAGCAGUACCUGUUUAGAAAUGUGUGAUGAAGAAGAGCUACAGGAAUCCCUAAGCUCACUACGGAAAAGUGGACCAGGAUCUGGCAAUCUAGAAGCUCUCCAAAUGAAUACAGAAGGAGAUUCAGAAGAGCUAACUUCUAGCCCACUAUCCUGUGAUGCACAAAGAGCAGAGCUACCAACAAUUGGAAAUAAGAAGUGUUCCUGUGUUAUGUGCUUCUCAAAAGAUGUGCCAGGAACUCCAGAAGGAAGGACUGAAAAUAAGCAAGCUAGUGACAUGAUGGAUACUGUGGAUGUUGGAAACAACUCUACUCUGGGAAAACUCAAGAGGAAAAGAAAAAAAAAGAAAGGGCAUUCCUGGGCAAGAACAAAAACGAAACGUCGGAGAAACAUACAUCAAAAAGACAACAGCAACACUGCUGACCAAGUGGCCUCAAGUGGAAAGAGGGUGAAAAAGCAUCUGCAGGACCCUGCCAAGAUCAGGAGGAAAAAGAGAGGCAGAACUAGACGCUGCUUAACUCGCAGUGGCAGAGCCCUACAGAAAAGAGUUAAGUCAAGAGGAUCAGCUCAGCAUGGAAGAAGUGGUACAUGUGCAAUUGAGAAUGAGACAAUGAAGGAUUCUGUUCUUUCACGGCGAAGAAAGUACAACCGUGAAAAUGUGGAUUUUCACUCUCAGAUACUUCCUGUGACCUGUGGUGAGGUGAAGGGGAUGCUACAUAAGAAGAAACUGAAACAAGGAGUCUUGGUGAAGUGUAUACAGAGUGAGAAUGGAGCCUGGUUCACCCCCAGGGAAUUUGAAAUCAGAGGAGGCCACGAAAGAUCCAAGAACUGGAAGAUAAGUGUUCGCUGCGGUGGGAUGCCCUUACGAUGGCUGAUGGAGAAAAGAUUUCUCCAUAAUCCUCCAAGGAAAUAUGGCAGGAUGAGAAAGAAAAGAGUACCGAAGUCUCACGACAAAACCUUAGAUGACCUCUGUCUGGGAAACUCAGAUGUGUGUGAGACGUGCCGGGAUGGAGGAAAGCUGUACUGCUGUGAUACUUGUUCGAGAUCUUUUCAUGAGGACUGUCACAUCCCACCUGUGGAAACUGAGAGGAGCCUGUGGAGUUGCACCUUCUGCAGGAUGAGGGAGUCUUCAGGAAGCCAGCAACGUUGCAGGGAAUCUGAGGUCCUGGAGAGGCAGAUGCAGCCCGAGGAGCAGUUGAAAUGUGAGUUCCUUCUCCUGAAGGUCUAUUGUCAUUCAGAGAGCUCCUUUUUUGCGAAGAUUCCAUAUUAUUAUUAUAUGAAAGAGGCUUCUAAAGACCUAAAGGAACCCAUGUGGUUGGACAAGAUCAAGAAGAGGCUGAAUAAGCAGAGUUACCGCCACGUGGGGGAGUUUAUGCAGGACAUACGCCUCAUCUUUCAGAACCACAAGGUGUCUUACAAGUUCAAUGACUUUGGCCAAAUGGGACUUAGACUGGAGGCGGAAUUUGAGAAGAAUUUCAAGGAAGUGUUCGCUAUUCAGGAAACAAAUGAGGGCAGUUCACGGGAAUAGUGGAUGUUGUUGGUGUCCUGGAAAACUCCUUUUUGAGUAGAUUUCUUUUUUUUUUUUUUUUGAACUUCUAUUGAGCUAUAAUUGACAUACAAUAAACUGCAUAUAUUUAAAGUGUACAAUUUGAUUUUUUUUUCUUAUUAGUAAUGUAUAUAUGGCAAUCCCAUUCUCCCAAUUCAUCCCACCCCAGUCCCCCACACUUUCCCCUCUUGGUGUCCAUAUGUUUGUUCUCUACAACUGUAUCUCUA